CCCCAGCGUGCCUCGGGCUCCCCAAGAUGGCGGCUAAUGUGGUCGUGCUGGAGGAGCGGAAAGAGCGGCGGGGAGACCUGACGGGGCGUCGGCGGUGAUGGGGGGGGGUGUUUCUUCCUUUGCGCAGAGCCGCUGACGGAGAAGAGCGAGCGGAGGAGCCCCCAAGAUGUGGGACGAAGCAGGAGGUUCCGUGACUUUGCUGUGCCUCACGGCCAGCAGCGGAGUGCCUUUGUAUUGCAGGAGCCGAGGUGGCUCUUCCAAGCAGCAGGUGGGGGGUUGCGGCUUCUGCUCCCACCCCGCUGCGCCCUUGUUUUUAUUUAUUAGAUUUAUAUACAGUGGUACCUCGGGUUACAGACGCUUCAGGUUACAGACGCUUGGUUACAGACUCCGCUAACCCAAAAAUAGUGCUUCAGGUUAAGAACUUUGCUUCAGGAUGAGAACAGAAAUCGUGCUCCGGUGGCGCAGCGGCAGCAGGAGGCCCCAUUAGCUAAAGUGGUGCUUCAGGUUAAGAACAGUUUCAGGUUAAGAACGGACCUCCGGAACGAAUUAAGUACUUAACCCGAGGUACCACUGUAUUAGAUUUAUAUACCACCCUUCAUCGCAAGAUCUCAGGGCAGUUCAUCAAAGAGAGCUCAGUCAGUAGUGCAGGAAACUCUUAAUUUCAAAGUCAUGGGUUCAAGACCCCUUUGGGGUGAAAGAUUCCUGCAUUGCAAGGUGUUGAACCAGCUGACCCUCAUGGUCCCUUCCCACUCUACAGUUCUACAAUUCUUUGUGGGUACAGCAUAUACUUUGUUUAUGGAAUUACCUUUGGGGAAGAGCAAUGCCUGCAAAGAUGCUGUCAGUCAAAGUAGAGAGCCUUGGGGUAUGUGGCCCAGUGGUAUGACAUAGCGACUUCAUAGGUUUGUACGGAAGAUCCAUUUUUCAGCAGUAUAGCAACAUGCUUUGAAGGUGGUUCCUGCUACAACCCUUGACAAUCUGCAGCUAAUUUCAGUUGGCUGGCCUGGGAAAGACCUCUCUGACUCUCUCUGCCUGAUAUCUUGCAGGGGUCAUUAUCAGUCAGUCAAUACUAAAUGAUCUGAUAUGGGAUUUUUUCUCAUUGCCUUAUACAAAAAAAGUAUCAAAGCAACUUAAAAUCAGAGAGGAGCAAUUCAAAUACAAAGAUUACAUAACAGAUUAAAAACACGAUAAAGUUAAAGCAGCUUUCACCAAACUACAGCCCUGCAGCUGCCUUGGACUACAAUUCCCAUCAGCCCUGGCUACCACUGGCUGGUGGGGGUAACAGAAGUUGGAGUCCAAAACAGCUGCAGGGCACCAGGUUAGCAAAAGCUGAUUUAAAACCCCUUCCAUUAGCAGGGCAAAAAAAUAAGCCUCCACACUGACUUUGAAUUGCUACUGUCAGUCUGAAUGGGGAAAAUUAGGAGUCUGACUAAGUAUAUAACAGCUUUGCAUAUUAAUAUAUAGAAUACUAAAGCUUACCUUUAUCCCACAGCUGCCAUUCUCUGUGAUUGGCUCCCUGAAUGGGGUUCAUAUGUUUGGCUCCAACCUGGAUGUCCUACUGACAGCUGCCUGUACAGAGAAUACUCGAGUGGUGUGGAAAGUGUUUCAUAACAGGUGAGGUUCCAUGCCUUCGUCAGGGUUCGUUGCGGUAAGAGGGGUGCAUUUUGCUUCAGCAGAGGGCAGGAAUUUCAAUCUAGCAGGAGCAGCGGGGGCAGAGGGACAAAUCCCUCUCAUUUGUAAUGUUUCAUAAGACCUGUGCAGCCUUCUUAUAUAUUUUAUUUAAUCCAAGGGGGCCUUCUUCAAGCCCUAAUAACUGUAUUUCAUUCUUGCUUUCAUGGUUGCAAAACUCUGUUCUAAAAUGUAACACAAAAAUAAAGGUAAAGGUAAAGGUACCCCUGCCCGUACGGGCCAGUCGUGUCCGACUCUAGGGUUGUGCACCCAUCUCACUUAAGAGGCCGGGGGCCAGUGCUGUCCGGAGACACUUCCGGGUCACGUGGCCAGCGUGACGAAGCUGCUCCGGCGAGCCGGCACCAGCGCAGCACACGGAAAUGCCGUUUACCUUCCCGCUAUAAAGCGGUACCUAUUUAUCUACUUGUACUUAGGGGUGCUUUCGAACUGCUAGGUGGGCAGGAGCUGGGACCGAAAGACGGGAGCUCACCCCGCCGCGGGGAUUCGAACCGCCGACCAUACAAUCGGCAAGUCCUAGGUACUGAGGUUUUACCCACAGCGCCACCCGCGUCCCUUUAACACAAAAAUACUAAAGAGUUGAACAGAAACACACACAAGCUUCUUUUCAUUAGGCUUUUCAGCCCUAAUGAUCUUCUUUUUUUUUUUUAAUGUAGCAGCAGAUACCUAGUAAAUUAGGGGCAACAGUUGCUAACUUACAUAAUUUUUUCCUAGUCAGUUGUGGCUGUCAGAGGAAGGAAAGUGGGCUGUGUUACUAUGCUUGUCCUCCUUCCUCUAUCAGCCUUUUCACUUUCCUGCACACAGUGCCUUGCCAUCCAUGGCUAGCAGGCUACCACAUAAAUACAAUAUUGCUUUAUAGGGUUCACUCAAGUUUUUCACAUAUUUUUUUGUGAUGGCAAACCAAAUCAAGUUGCUAGCCAUCACGGUUGUAGACAGCUGUUUGUAGGCUGCAUCUCUGUUGAACAUGGUGGCAUUUAAGGUGAAGAGUUCCUGUAGAUUUCCUGCCUAUAUUUAUAUCCUUAACAUUUUUGUGUUUGGUGUUCCCAGCAUCACCCUCAUUGUCCUGUCCUCAGAUGAAGGUGCCAGUGACUUCAGCCUUGGAAGACUCCUUGAAAAUGUCUUCAGUGCCAUGGUGAGCAGUCAGAGGUGGUGGAAUGUCAUUUCGGCCUUAGUCUGUAACAGGAAAGUGGGAGGCGAGCCAGUGCAUUGGAAUGGUACAUAAUUCCAAAGGGAGCAGCUGUCUCAGUUGAGUGGCAUUCAGUUUUAAGCAACUGUGCUUUCUAGUGUUUGUGUGUGUUUGUUAAAUAGUUAUAUAAACUUCAUAGCGUACUGAUCCUCUUCAGCCAAGAUAUCUUAGUUGUGAUGUGUGCCUAGAGCUACUGUUGCUGAUUUAGAGAAAACUUCUGCAAACUGGCUUCCUCCAGAUAUUUUAGACUACAGCUCCUUGUGGUGGCUGGGGCUGAUUGUAGUACAAAACAUCUGAAGGGCACCAGGUUGAUGAAGGCUGAUGCGGAAUAGCAAAAAAACCCACAAGCCCAGUCUGGUGUCUUAUAGGAAAUGGUCUAUUUCAGUAAGAUAUGGAAAAGGAAAGUUUGUCUCCCCUAAAAUCUUCCCAAGAACUCUCAUUUCCCAGCUGCUUACCUGUCCUACCUGCUAAGCCUUUUGUGCAGUUUGAUUGCUAAUUGUGCAUUAGUUAACCAUAGCACACCUUAACCACCCUUUCACAUUUGUAGAAAGAAUGGCAGAGAAUGCAAAUUUGGAACCUGGAGGGUGGGCACCACUUCCAGGGCACCCUUAGGUGUAGAGAGGAGACUUGCAGGGGGUUAUUUCUAGAUAAGCUAAUCUGAAGGCGUAACGUAUAUAUUUGAGGCCAGAGAAGUCAAGAGUUUUGGCUCCUAAAAUACACAGGUGUUCUGUUGCCACAUCUUGUGAUCCACUAGAGCACAUGCAUAUCAAGCUGUGUCUAGAAACCUGCUUGGCUUAUGCAGGAACUGGGUGCUGUCCUUCUCUGUGGCAAGGUGGUACAUACCCUCUUUGGCAGAAGGGAUAACCAGAGGAUCUUUUUCUAAGAAUCUUUAAGCAGGAGGAAUGACCAGAGGAUCUUUAGGAGGCAAUUGUGUGUUUUACUACAGGUGCUGGUGUUGGGCUUGGAGGAGCUGGUGAAUGCACGCAACAUUGAACGUCUCAAAAAAGACCUGAAGGUAAUGCCUGACCUGAGGACGGCUAGCGACUUGGAGGUUGCUGUAUCAAUUGUAACAACUAAAAAGCUCUUCCCUCCGAAUGAUGUUGAUGAAAAAUAAUUCAGAAUGGGUGGAACCAGUAGUGGAUUUUUUCAUGGAACAACUUGGUUCUUGUUCUGGUUGCAGAUUCCUGGGUUUAGCAUAUGCUCAAAGGCACCCUGCUUCUUCCCUCGUACCUACCGUAUUUUUCGCCCUAUGUUGUUGUUGUUUAGUCGUGUCCGACUCUUCGUGACCCCAUGGACCAGAGCACGCCAGGCACUCCUGUCUUCCACUGCCUCCCGCAGUUUGGUCAGACUCAUGUUUGUAGCUUCGAGAACACUGUCCAACCAUCUCAUCCUCUGUCGUCCCCUUCUCCUUGUGCCUUCCAUCUUUCCCAACAUCAGGGUCUUUGCCAGGGAAUCUUCUCUUCUCAUGAGGUGGCCAAAGUAUUGGAGCCUCCGCUUCAGGAUCUGUCCUUCCAGUGAGCAUUCAGGGCUAAUUUCCUUAAGAAUGGAUGCAUUUGAUCUUCUUGCAGUCCAUGGGACUCUCAAGAGUCUCCUCCAGCACCAUAAUUCAAAAGCAUCAAUUCUUCGGCGAUCAGCCUUCUUUAUGGUCCAGCUCUCACUUCCAUACAUCACUAUUUCGCCCUAUAGGACGCACUUUUUCCCCUCCAAAAAUGAAGGGGAAAUGUGUGUGCAUCCUAUGGGGCGAAUGCAGGCUUUCGCUGAAGCCUGGAGAGCGAGAGGCGUUGGUGUGCACCGAACCCUCUCACUUUCCAGGCUUCAGGAAGCUAUCCACAAGCCUUGGGAGCCCGGCGGGAACUCCCGCCGGGCUCCCAAGGCUUGUGGAUAGCAGCCUGCAGCCCGAAAUCCGGGGAGCGCACCUGAGCAGCGUGCCCCGGGCUUCGGACAGAUAUCCGCAAGCCUGGGGAGCCCGCGGGAGAUCCCACUGGGCUCCCCAGGCUUGCGGAUAGCAGCCUGUUCUAGGGGCUGGGGUCGGGGGAAGCUCGGGCUUCCCCCGCCCCAGCUCAGCGCCUGGGGGGGAAAAAAAUUCUUUAUUUCCCCCCAAAAAAACUAGGUGCGCCCUAUGGCCGGUGUGCCCUAUAGGGCAAAAAAUACGGUAAUCUGUCUUGCCCUGCCUCUAAUAGGUGGACCUAGUGAAAAACUAGGCAAAGCCUGAAUUCUUACCUGCAGAUUUCUUUUUCUUUCACACAUUACACAUUUAUCACUCAAAUAUUUUAAAAAUGGAUUUCAUUACCUAUUCCAUGUGUUUGGAAGUCACUUUUUAUCCCUGGUAGCUUAAAUAUUUAAUCUCCCUCCUCCUCCCCCAAUUUAGGCAUGUUACAAAUUGAUUGACAGUUUCCUGGAGCCUGGCAAAUGCAGUGCUGACCUGACCCAGUGUGUGGAAUGCACAGUGGUGCCCUCCAGGGCAAUACUGCAGGUGAGACUGGCUUGUUCUUGGGCUGAACGUUGGGGGUGAAGCUGCUCCUUCAGCUAUACUGGGCUGAGGCCGUUUAGGGCUUUAAAUGUCAGCACCGGCACUUUGAAUUGUGCUUGGAAGUGUACUGGGAGCCAAUGUAGGUCUUUCAGGACUGGUGUUAGAUGGUCUUGGAAGCCACUCCCAGUCACCAGUCUAGCUGUCGCAUUCUGGAUUAGUUGUAUAUAUCAGAGGCUGUAUGUCUCUCAAUAACAUUUACUGGGAAUCGCUCAUGGGAAGUGUGCUGUUGUGCACUUAAUGGGUUUCCCCUAGAUGAGAACAGGAUGCUGAAUCAGAUCAGAUGGAACUUUGGUCUAAUCUGUUGUGGCUGUUCUUUCAUUCUCUGUCUUGCUUUGCUCUUUCCCGAUUCAGGAGUGCCUGGAAGUCUUUGCCUCUGCAGCAGAGUCGCGGUUUGGCAGCCUGCUUGUGGGCGGACAGGUGCUCUGUGCAACAGAGCAGUGGUGGCAGCUGGCAGCCUCGGAGGCCAUGCUGCUGGUGUGGCUGGUGCGCUCGCUGCCCCCUCACACCUCCCGCGAUCUGCCCGUUUACCUUCCUCAUGGCAGCCCCACGGUGAGCUGGCUGGCGAUUCAGGGAGGGGCCAUUAGAGGAGUGUAGCUUUCUGAUUCUCCGUGUCCCUCACUCCCAACAGGUCCCCCACCGCUUCUUGACGCUCCAGCUCGUGCCUGGUUUGGAGGUGCUGCUGCUGUGUGGGCCUAAGCCCUCCUUACAGUUCUUGGCUGAUGAGGUGAGAGAGAGAGACCUUGGAAGUGAAGCAACUUGGACUCAUAGGAUCAUAGAACGGUAGAGUUGGGCGGGUCCACGAGGGUCAUCUAAUCCAACCCCCUGCAAUGCAGGGAUCUUUUGCCCAACAUGAGGCUCGAACCCACAACCCUGAGAUUAAGAGUGCCAUUAUAGCUCUACGGACUGUGCUACCCGUUUCCUGGCCAUUCCCUUUAGGCAAGAACGAGAAAUUCAGUUUUUUGCCCCUCCCCUUGCAAAGGGCAUUGGUUGCCAUCCUCAUCCUUUCACUUUUGCUGGUCUGCAUGGGGCAGCAUCUCCUGGUAUGCCCCACGGAGGACCUUACGGUCUGCAAAUAAUAACAUCUUGGAGGUCCCGGGCCUCAAGGAAAUUAGACUGGCCUUGUCAGCUAGCCAGCUGCACGCGUUGCUGCACUUAGCAGAGAAAACACUCCCGGCAGCCAGCCAUAAAUUCCUUUCUUUAUUUCCUUCUGACAAGAUUACAUGCAGAAUAAACAAAGCGAUCCGUCUCUCAUGACGCGUUGCUCUCACUAGUUUCUCUUUUCCCUCUCCCUCGAGAUCAGCCCCUUCCGUUUUCCCCUGUGACGUGGAUCCCCCUCUCUCUGAAGCACCCCUUCCUCCCCAGACUCACUAUCCUCUUCUCUGUCUUCUGAGGAGGACUCAGUACUGAGCAGUGGAGAUCGUUCCCUGUAUCCUCUAAUUCUUUCCUCCCUCGCUGCCUGCAGUUCUCUGACAGGCCUCAACCAGGGUCAAGGCCUUUUUGGCUGUGGCUCCGGCCGAGUGGAAUGCUCUGUCACACGACACCAGGACCCUGCGGGAUUUAACAUCUUUCUGCAGGGUCUGCAAGAUGGAGCUAUUCUGCCAGGCCUUUGGCUGGGGGCCAGUCUGACUCCCCCUCUCUCCUUAUAAGAACCUGCAUGAAAGUGGCCCCCCAACCUUUCUCACAGGCUCAUAUAAGAUCAGUAUAAACAGUUAGGCCUGGUGAGCAUUUAAGGCCCCCAUCCCUAUUUUGCAGGCUGCCAUCUGAUUGGAUUUCACUGUGAUUCUGAGUUGAUUUUGGGAUGUAUUUUAAUUGAUUGCUUGAUUUUAUGGUAAUGUGUCAUAUAUUUGAUGUUUUGGCUGGGGAGGGUGGGGUAUAAAUAAAUUAUUAUUAUUAUUAUUAUUAUUAUUACUAUUAUUCAAGGAAGAAGGGAGCCUUUGGGGUUUUCCUUGUUUAGGGCAUUCUCUCUAUCCCUCCAGAGAACUGGAACCGAGUGGCGCUACCAAGCCCUUUCUCUUUCUUCCUAUAGUUAGUGAAGCGAUUUUGGCAGCCGCUGCUGGAUCUUCUGAAGGCAAGUGCCAGAGCCCCUCCUCGGUGCCUGCCUCCUGGCAUCGCUCUUGCCCCUGGGAUCCUGGGGUGAGUCUUCUGGGAGAAAAGAGCGCUUUGAGGAUCUGAACCCCUGUAGGGGCUGGCUUCAUGUUUGUUCCACCCUUUUGAAAAUUAUACUGCCAGUCUUGCCAGCAUUCCCCCUCCCCCCCGGCCUCCAGUAUAACCAGCUGCUGUUCACAAUCUCGUCUCCUACAGGCUGUUGCUGAUCAACCAAGAUCAGAGGAAAAGCCUCUUCACCGUGCAGCCUCAGGGCACUUCAGCUGAAGGUAUGGCGCAAGCUGCAUUGUGCUGGAGAAGGCCAGAGAGAGCCCAGCCCUUUCUCUCUCAACAGAGCAUUUAAAUAUGUAUCUUUCCGCACUUUUACAGGAUCUGAGAUGCCCCUGAAAAAUCGCCUCUCUGCCCUCCGCUCCUUCUAUUCCCUCACUGUCUCCUUGUACUUCCCCUGUGAGAAGUUCGAAGAGAGUGCAGGUGAGUUCUUGAUUCUUUAUCCCUUUCGUCCUGUGAAUCAGAAAGUUCUUCUGUGACAUCUCAAGUUGUGGCAAGUAUUUGCAUGUUGGAACAUUUUAUUAUUAUGCAAAAUUCAGGUUCUUGUGACAGGUGGAACUUCCUGGUGACUCAGCGAGGCAGUGGCCAUAGGGACCUUUUCUAAGUAAAUUUUUUUUACUGUAACUUCAAAGGCUUAAAGAUAGUUCCCCUCCUUUUUUUCCAUAACCAAAGCCAACAUUCCCUGGUGGCAGAUUGCAUAUGCACAGCCUGGGAGUCAUUUUGGACUCACAGCUGUCCAUGAAGGUGCAGGUCAGUUCUGUGUCCAGGGCAGCUGUCUACCAGCUCCAUUUGGUACGCAGGCUGAGACCCUAUCUGCCCGCAGACUGUCUCGCCAGAGUGGUGCAUGCUCUAGUUAUCUCCCGCUUGGACUACUGCAAUGUGCUCUAUGUGGGGCUACCUUUGAAGGUGACCAGGAAGCUACAACUAAUCCAGAAUGCGGCAGCUAGACUGGUGACUGGGAGUGGUCGCCUAGACCACAGAACACCGGUCUUGAAAGACCAACAUUGGCUCCCAGUAUGUUUCCGGGCACAAUCCAGUGUGUUGGUGCUGACCUUUAAAGCCCUAAACAGCCUUGGCCCAGUAUACCUGAAGGAGCGUCUCCACCCCCAUCUUUCAGCCCGGACACUGAGGUCCAGCGCCAAGGGCCUUCUGGUGGUUCCCUCAUUACGAGAAGUGAAGUUUGCAGGCAACCAGGCAGAGGGCCUUCUCGGUAGUGGUGCCCACCCUGUGGAACGCCCUCCUGUCAGAUGUCAAGGAAAUAAACAACUACCUUAUUUUCAGAAGACAUCUGAAGGCAGCCCUGUUUAGGGAAGUUUUUAAUGUUUGGUGUUUUGUCGUGUUUUUAAUAUUCUGUUGGGAACCGCCCAGAGUGGCUGGGGAAACCCAGCCAGAUGGGCGGGGUAUAAAUAAUAAAUUAUUAUUUAAAAUUGCUAUUCUGCAUGUGGGGCCAAACUUGCCCUCCAGCCUCUGUUAUAUCCUGUGGAGCUUGAUAUUCGUUGUCCUUUCCUCAGUCCCUCUGCAGGAGGAGUUCCAGGCUGGCUUCUCCCACCGUCCUCAGCACUGUUACCUGGUCUACUCUACGUACAAGGCCUAUGCCAUCCAUGGGAAGCGGCACCAGCUGUUCCUGAUUGUGAAGCCAGAUGUGCCUACCUUUGCUCUGCGGUCUCUGGCAACCAGCACCCUCCAGACCCUCACAGCUGAGGACUCGGCCUUCUGAGGGGAUGUUCCCUACCGGACUCCCAAGAUGAGAUGUGGGCACUGAGACAGAGCCCUUAGACCUCCCAUGCAAGCUCUGAUUACCCUGCAUUGGACCAGCCUGGAUUUGUGGGGGGGGGGGGAGCAGGAGAGAUUCUACAGACUAGAGUUAAUCCACUCACUCCUUGCUCUUUAUGGAAGUGAGAGGUCGCUGGGCUAGCAAUGGCGAUGAGUACCAGUUUAGGUCUUGCAUAUCUGUUCCUUACUCUUGGGAGGAAAAAAUGGAAAGCCACCAUUGUCUAGACAUGUUUGUAUUAAGGCAUCAGUGUAGCUGGCGGAGCUGGCAGGAAGAGCGAUAUUAGGGGCAGCCAAGUAAAUUCUAGUUUUGUCUCCCAUUCUCCUCACUGAGUUCCACAAGGGCAACAGUGAAACUGAGGAGGAAGCUGAUAGCAAAUACUUCGCCCUGGAAUGGUUGACGUAAGAAGGCAGACAGGUGGGGUAGUGCCCUAAUAAACCAGUCUCUGCUGGAAGGCAUAUCAGUUCAAAUGCUGCAUCCAUAAAAUUUGUUUGUACCUGAUUCUGGGGAGAGUUGAGAUUGAUUUUUUUGAGCUUAACCUGUGGCAGAGGUAGGGUGCUGAAAUGGUGCUUUCUAUCCAAUUAAGUACACCUCAGGACAGCCAUUAUGUCUGGUCUGUCGCAUGCUGAGUAUUACAGCACCAUGGGAUAUUCGAUAAUGACUGAAAUUGGUGUUGCCAGCUUUCAGUGUGGUAUUUAUAGCACUGUGCUUUUGCUGCUGCUGUAAUUUCUUUGCUUCUAUUUAUUUCCCAUACUUUUCCUUCCUGAUUUCACCCUUUCCGGUAGGAAUAGCUCUUUCCUUCUGCAGCAGUGCAGCAUCUUUGAUACUCUCUCUCUAUGAGUUGAUGUCCUACAGUGGCCAUGGCUGAACUGGAAAUCCCCAAAUCUUGCCUGUCAUUAAGCAAGUACUGAUUCCUUGGCCUCAAUCACCAUAACUGCUUGAUCUCUAUUACAAGUCUACUGUGUGUAUUAGUGAAAUGAUGGCUAUGAGGCACUUUGAACACUGUAAAAGCAGAGCAGGCUAAUCUGUGCUUCUCCAGAUCUUGGACAUCAGCUCCAGGUAAAUAAUCAGGGAUGGUGGGAAUUGGAGUCAAACAUUUGCCUCUAAAGUACAGUGGUGCCUCGCAAGACGGAAAACCCGCUAGACGAAAGGGUUUUCCGUUUUGGAGGUGCUUCGCAAAACGAAUUUCCUAUGGGCUUGCUUCGCAAGACGAAAAUGUCUUGCGAGUUCCUGCGGGGGUUUUUUCCUUUCCCCUUUUUCCCAAGCCGCUAAGCCGCUUAUCAGCUGAUCCGCUAAGCCGCUUAUCAGCUGAUCCGCUAAGCCACUAAGCCGCUUAUCAGCUGAUCCGCUAAGCCGCUUAUCAGCUGAUCCGCUAAGCCCACUAAUAGCGCUAAUCCGCUAAACCGCUAAUGGGCUUGCUUUGCAAGACGAAAAAACCGCAAGACGAAGAGACUCGCGGAACGGAUUCUUUUCGUCUUGCGAGGCACCACUGUAAUACAUAAAUAUUAAAUUCCAGGCAGGGCUUCAUUGAUCAGGCUGUUAAUGAGCCACCUUGCAAUAUAAUUUGGGUUUGUAAGAAGACUAGGCUCCUUGUUUUUUCUUAGGUCAUUAAGAAGGCACUCUGAAAAUCUAUGAAUUGAGCCACACAAAUUUGUGUUACUUUGGUAAGUAGGUAGUUAAGAUAGAGACAGACAGCUCUAGUGGAAAAAUGUAUCUUGGGAACAGAGCUGUCUAGCUGGCAUCCACUGAUCUGCAUUUGUCACUUAUAUGGCCCAUAAAAAUGCUGCCUUUAAGCUGUAAUUUCUUGGAAUUCAGUUGUGGGUAACAACAUGGUGGCUGAAAUUCAGAGGAGUUGAAUUUCAAGGAUGCUUGCUGGGGAAAAGCUCUGUGUCCGAUCCAGAUGGUUUGUAUGCAUUUUUAAUUUAGUAGAAGCAUAAUUAAAUUAGUAUUUUGCUCAGG